GACGGCCAGGUCGGCCAGUCUCUGAAGCGAAAAUAAUUCGAGACGUAAUACAAGCGAAUUUCGUUUUUAAUUUUCCGUUGCGAAUUUACUUCUGCAUCAAAAGUAUUGGAGUUCUGAGGCGAUUUUAUGCCGAAUGUCUUAAUUUUCUGAUCCGCCUUUUCACGUCGCUUAUAAUCGAAACCAAUGUUUCUUAAAAAUUAGAAGAUAAAAAUGGAGCUGACUAACAUUCUUCUUCUGAGCCAAAUUGCUGGCUAUUCCGUGGCGUUGCUCCUCGCAUUUUGCCUGGCCGUUCCUCUCGUCCUUCACCAAAAUGAUUUCCAAGGACACUGCCUCUUGUUCUCAACCGGUAAUUGGCAAGAAACAGACGGCCAGUUCAACGUCAACUGGUCCCCGACGAUUUUCUGCGGCUACCCGAUCGGUCUUGCAGCCAUGGCCAUGGGACUGUGCUUCAUCCAGUUGUACAGAAUGUCUGUUUAUUACUACCGCGGCACCGACAGUUCGUUCCUCUCUGCGUUCAUCGAUGUCGUCGUUUCGAUUGUAAUGUGCGUCUGCCUCAUCGGAGCCGCCCUGAUGGUCACCCUGGGCUUUAUUUCUUGGUGCCAAGACAUGACCGAGCGGUUUCCCUCCUGCGAAAUUGCGGCUGGAAACGAUAUUGAUAAGAAGGACCGCAUCAACACUGCCAAUUUCUACAUCCAGAUGGGCACUGCUCAGUUUGGCGCGUGGGCGUUGUGGGCCGCUUGGGUGGCGUUGGCUGUCAUGGCCAUGAUCAAGCUGUGCCAAAACCACCAGAUGGAAAACGUGCGAGUCACCAUGUACAUCGAGCGUCAGAGACUGAUAAAUGAAGGCCAGAGUUAAAUUUAUGAUUACAGGCCUCAGCCAGUCGCUUUGAAUCUCACGGCUGAGGCCUCUACUAAUAAUGUGUAUUAAACUACUUGUAAGAUCAAAACUGUGAAAUCUGUGAUUCAAGUCAAAAUUGAUUCUCAUUUCCGUGCGUGUAACUCCAAAGAUAAAACUGCUAUUAAAUUUUUUUAAUUUUCUUCCAAUCUAAA